AUGAUCAACCGACGUUUUGCCCUGGUGGCGCUGCUGCUGCUGCUAUUUGUCUGGAGCAUCAAGCUGCUGCCGCUGCAGGACUAUUCGAACUCAGCCUGGCGGACGGCCAAGCAGUCGCUGUCGACGAGCGGCGGCUUUGCGGGCAGCCGUUCCGGACACGCACCCUCGGCCGACUUUUUUGAGCAGGUGUUCUCGGUCGGCAGCCCGGCGCCGUACGAGUACGCAGCACUCAGCGAGGCGUGCGCGGCGGCCGACUGGGAGGCCGACGAGGCAUACCUCAACUGCGUCGGCAUUCUGGCCGGCAUGACCAGCAUCGUGUCGCAGGUCAAGGUCUGUCUGAAGAUGGCAGUCGAGACGGGCUCGCACCUGGUGCUGCCGCGCAUGCCGCUGCGCAGCUCGUCCGACCUGCUGGACUUCAACUUCUUCAACGAGGACGCCUACAUGCCGUACGACCGCUGGUUCGACGCCGACCACCUGCGCGCUCAGCUGGCACGCGCCUGUCCGCGCAUGCGCGUCGUGCAUCCCGACGAGCUCGACAGUCCGGCCGUCCCGGUCGCCCGUCGUCUCCAGGUCCUCUGCAGCGACGCCGUCGGCUACAACAAGCUGCACAGCUACUUCUGGGUCGGCCGGCCGUUCCGGUCCUUUUUUGUCGAGCAGUACCGCCAAAAGGUGGCCGCGAUGGCUCUGAACGAGGUCCCCCAGAAUACCACGGGCAUCACCGUCGUCGACAUCGACUCCGAGUUCAUGGUCUUCCGCAUCACCGACGACCCCACCGGCCGCGACCUCCGGCUCUGGACCGACCUGUCCCAUCUCGUGCGCUACCGCCAGGACGUGCGCGACAUUGUCGACCGCCUCGUCAGCCGCCUGCCGCCACCCGGUGCCUACUACGGCGUCCACUACCGCGCCGAGAACGACAGCAUCUGGAGCUCCGCCGAGCACCAGCUCGCCGUCGACCUCGACGCCCUCGAUCGUGCCUGGGCCCGCUUCGGCAACGGCGACAACGCCUCCCGCCCGCUCGUCUACCUCGCCUGCGGCGACGCCCUGCAGGUCGAGCGCUUCGUCGCCGCGGCCGCAGAGCGCGGCUGGCCUGUCACCCACAAGUGGCGCCUCGCCCGCCAGGACGGCGACGAGACCACCGCCAGCCUCAUCGACGCCCUCGCCUUUGACUUCCAGGGCGCCAUCGACAUGGGCGUCAUGGUCCGCAGCGGCUUCUUCAUCGGCAUCCAGGGCAGCGCCUUCUCGUCUACCCUGGCCAACCAGCGCGACAUCACCGGCCGUUACCGUGGCAGCUCUUUGGACGUGCCUGACGAUGGCGCCCGCUCUCAUCUGUUCAACGACCUCGACGCUAACGAGUACGCCUGCUGUCUGUAG